UUAUCUUAAACACCACUACAUUCCAAUCCAUCUCUCUAAAAUCUCUCACCAGAAAAAUAAACCAAGAUUCAAGACCAUGCCUGCUGAUAAUCCAACACUUAUUCAUGAAACCCAUGAUUUUUGGAUCCCAAAAACCUCCCAAUUCUACAUAAACCACCGUCAUCACUAUAGCAACGAUGAUCUUCAAUUCUGUUCAGAAACUGCCGCCGAAGAUCCGCCGGGAUCGCCGACUCUAUGGAGUCCGAUCAGAGAAAAUACCCAAUCCCUGUCACCAAAUUCCAGGACUCAAGCUAUAGUCAAAGGACAGAGGGAGUUAAUGGAAAUGAUCAAGAACUUGCCGGAAUCUUCAUACGAGCUAUCUUUGAAAGAUCUAGUGCAGGAUCUUCCCGGAUUAUCGGAAACCCGGAAGGAGGACGAUGAUCGCCGUUUGACCGGCGUGAGAAACCAGGAAAAAGUUGUGGUAAAGAGGCAAGAAAGCAAGAAAUUGUUGAGGACAGUAAGUUUGGAUAAUAAUGGGAGUAAUGGGAUGCUUUUGAAAAUGGUAUUCCCUGUUUCUUUCAGAGGAACAAGCCGGAGCCGGAGAAAGAAGACGACGACGGCGCCGUCGACGGCAAUGGUUCCCCGGCCGGAUUGUUUGGAUAAGUCUUCUAAAGGGGAGAGAGAUAAUUGGUGGAAGACGAGAUCUUCUUCUUCUUCAACUUCACAUGGUAGUAGAAGCAGUGGAAGUGGAAGUGAUAGUAACAAUAGCAGUCGAAAUAAUAAUGAGAGAAAGAUGAGCAGUUUCUUGCCAUAUUGUUGUUCAUCAUCCUUCAUUUUGGCCAUGGCAACUCAAAGAGAGAGGAAAUAAGGAAAACAAGGCUUAUUUCUUUCUUAAUUAUUAAUUUUCAGUUUGUAAUAUUGACCACAUUUGUAUUUUUAUUUUUACAAAAAAAAAUAUAAUAUAUAGUAAGUAGUUGUAAUAAGACUAUGUAUGGAUAAUUAUUAGAGAGAUGUACACUUGUAAUAUUUUGUAGUGAAUUUGUGAGAUCAAUGGUGUUUU